GGUAGAAAAACUGGUUAAACAAGAAAAAUAAAUAAUAAAGUAGUCGUCUCCAACCUGCCACCGAAGACUAUACGGGCUGGAGCAAGUUUGUUCCAACCGCGUGUUUCCCAUUUAAAAAUGACUUCCCUGCUCGUUGAAUCUUUGCUUUUGAAUUCUUUAUUUUCUUUCAACCCCCAGAAAGUUCCAAUCUUCACUUUUUGACUUGUAUCAACUUUUCUCUGUAUUUUAUACCCUUUUUCUGUUACUCUCAAUUCUGCUUCAAAUACACAGCUUCAUAUCAGUAUUGCUCUUCGCAGUUUCAUGGGUAUUUCCAUUAUCAAAUGUACAAAAAGCCAAAAUGUGGAAAAUGAGAUGAUUACUGAAAGUUCAUAACUGGGUUCUAUGUAGCACGGAAAUGGAAAUGUUGGAAUGGGAAAGAUGCCGAAACGGAAAAGAGUGAAACGACAUUAUAAACCUCUAUCAGAAUAGGUUAUAAAAACAGCAUUUUGGAGUUUCGGAAGUGUUUUCAGAGACAAAAAUGAAACGCCGACGUAGGAUUAGAGAAGUUUCUGUGCAACAUAGCUUGGCAGCCUCUUAACUAAAACCACACUCUCAGUACAAGCUAACCAUAAAUAUGAGGAAAGCAUUCCAAUUAGUCUACUACCAAUGCUUUUGCUUCUGCAUUCUUCAACUUUUACUAAUAAAUGAAAGAGUUGUGGGGGAUCCAAGGGCAGAACAAGUGAAUGUUUCAUGCGGUCACCAACUUGAGCAUAAUUCAACAAUCUAUGUUCCAAAUUUUGUUGCAACAAUGGAAAACAUCAGUGAUCAGAUGCGUGCUUCAGGGUUCGGAGUAGCAGUUACAGGUUCGGGACCUGAUAUAAACUACGGCCUUGCUCAAUGUUACGGAGAUCUCUCUUUGCUCGACUGUGUAUUAUGCUACGCUGAGGCACGUACAGUUCUACCACAAUGCUAUCCGUAUACUGGGGGUCGCAUUUUUCUCGACGGUUGCUUCAUGAGAUCUGAAAACUACAGCUUUUAUGAGGAGUAUAAAGGACCUGGAGAUCAUGCUGUGUGUGGAAAUGCAACAAGGAAGAGUUCAUCAUUUACGGAGUCGGUUAGGCGGGCUCUCUCGAGUACAGUUUUAAGUGCACCGAGUAAUAAAGGCUAUGGACGUGUGCAAGUCGCGGUUCCAGGGUCAAACGAAUCAGCUUACGUGUUGGCUAAUUGUUGGAAUACAUUGAACGCGAGCUCGUGCAGCUUAUGCUUGGAGAAUGCUACUGCAUCUGUAUCGGGAUGUUUGCCUUGGUCGGAGGGGAGGGCAUUGAAUACUGGGUGUUUUAUGAGGUACUCGGAUAGGGAUUUUCUCAAUCCAGAGACAAGAAAUGGACGAUCGGAAGGGAGCAUAAUAGUGAUAGUCAUUUCUGUUAUCAGCUCACUAGUGGUUUUAGCAGUUGGAGCAACUACAGGAGUUUAUAUGUGGAAGCGCAGAUAUAUACAGAAGAAACGAAGAGGUUCAAAUGAUGCACAAAAAUUAGUCAAAACUCUUCAUGACAGUAGCUUGAACUUUAAGUACUCUACACUUGAGAAGGCUACAGAAUCUUUUGCCGAUGCAAACAAGAUUGGACAGGGAGGAUUUGGAUCGGUAUACAAGGGUGUUCUGUCCGACGGAAGAGAAAUUGCAGUGAAGAGACUAUUCUUCAACAACAGACAUAGAGCAGCAGAUUUCUACAAUGAAGUUAAUAUGAUAAGCAGUGUGGAACACAAAAAUCUGGUCAGGUUACUGGGUUGUAGUUGUUCUGGACCUGAAAGUCUCCUUGUUUAUGAAUUCCUGCCCAACACAAGUCUCGACAGAUUCAUCUUAGAUAAGAACAAAGGCAAAGCAUUGACGUGGGAGAAAAGAAAUGAUAUCAUUAUUGGCACAGCAGAAGGUUUGGUUUACCUGCAUGAGAACUCCAAGAUCAGGAUCAUUCACAGAGACAUAAAGGCCAGUAAUAUCUUAUUGGAUUCGAGAUUCCGUGCUAAAAUUGCUGAUUUUGGCUUGGCUAGGUCUUUCCAAGAAGAUAAGAGUCAUAUCAGCACUGCUAUUGCAGGAACACUGGGCUACAUGGCUCCAGAGUACUUGGCUCAUGGUCAGCUAACAGAAAAGGUUGAUGUCUACAGCUUUGGUGUGCUUCUGUUAGAGAUUGUCACAGGCAAGCAAAAUAACAGAAGCAAAGGCUCAGAAUACUCCGACAGCCUAGUCACGCUCACUUGGAAGCAAUUUCAGGCAGGAAUCGUGGAAGAGCUUUAUGAUCCGAAUCUUAUGUUGCACAACCACCACAACAUUAAUGUGAAGAACGAUGUUUACAGAGUAGUACAUAUCGGACUUCUAUGUACACAAGAAAUUCCAUCACUACGACCGACAAUGGCGAAGGCGCUACAGAUGCUCACGACAGAGGAAAACCUUCCUGCACCAAGUAAUCCACCGUUCAUAGAUGAAAGAACCAUGGAACUUACUGAUACAUGUGAGGACCCAUGGCGCCCGCUUAAUGCUGGUCAUUCAGCAUCAAUUGCAACUGUCGCGGACAGUUCCUUUUAUCCGAGAUGAGCUGAAGAGAGCUAAUACUUUGCAAAACCAGAGAAACAUCUCCGGUUAGCAUCACCUGACUUGAACUGCAGGUCAUAUACGCAAUCGAGAACAUGUAGAUAGCAAUUGAGUGUACCCAAUGCCAAUUAUAAAAUGUUUACGAUGAAAUCGCAUGCUGUAAAUUGAUCAAUCAAUGGAAAAUUUUGAGAUUAUAAUAAUGAA